UGCUGUAGAACAGUUAACGUCUUUAGUCUGUUAAUAAUUAUGUGUACAUUUUCAUAGGACAUUUGUAUUUCAGUUGCAUACAUUUUCCAAGGCAGAUUUUGGUUAUUGUGAUAUGCUGUGCAGUUGAUAGGUUAUAUUUGAACUAUUCGUGAACAUUAGCUUAAGGACCGAAUUAUUUGAGUUUUUAUCUUAAAAUUGUGUCAUUUUGUAGCGAAAUUAUGACUUUCUUUACUUCAAAUAAUAGUAUUAUAAGUUUGGAAACGGAAUUGGCAGAUGUGCCACGCGAUGAGCGCUUGGCUCGAGUUGAAAUAGCCCUUUUGAGCAUCAUAUUUUUCAGUGCCGCAAUGUUAAACUUUGUACUGCUAUUGGUGCUGUGGAAGCGGAGGAAGCAGCUGUCGAGGAUGCGCGUCUUUGUUUUUCACCUUUGCCUGGCAGACCUGGUGGUCACCUUUUUCCAAGUUUGUCCGCAGCUGAUGUGGGAUGUAACGGACAGAUUCAUUGGUCCUGACAUAAUGUGCCGCCUGGUGAAAUACAUGCAGGUCGUUGGCAUGUUUGCCUCCACUUACAUGAUUGUAGUGAUGACCAUUGAUCGCUACCAAGCCAUCUGUAACCCCAUGGUGACUUUCCAAAGGCGCAGAGCGAGCUGGAACGUGCCUGUGUGCGUUGCAUGGUCCGUGUCCCUCUUCGGCAGUCUCCCUCAAGUGUUCAUCUUCUCGCGAGUUCAAAUUGCGCCUGGUGUCUAUGACUGCUGGGCUGACUUCAUCAAACCUUGGGGACUAAAAGCUUACGUGACCUGGACCACUCUGGUGAUAUUUGUGUUGCCAAUCUUAACUGUUAUCGUUUGCCAGGUGCGUAUUUGCCGAGCUGUUCAAAUCAACUUUCACAUGAAAACAUAUCAAGCAUCGGAAAUUGUCACCAAACCUCUGCACUCCAGGACCAGCAGUGUUGCUGGAGUGUCCAAAGCCAGGAUUAAGACCGUGAAGAUGACUGUGGUUAUUGUUCUUGUCUACAUUAUCUGUUGGACUCCUUUCUUCACUGUCCAGCUGUGGUCUGUCUGGGAUGUCCAAGCACCCACUGAGACUGCAACUUUCUCUAUCCUGAUGCUUCUGGCAAGUCUGAACAGCUGUGCAAACCCCUGCAUCUACCUGCUCUUCAGUGGGAAGCUCCCCAAGAGACUCAUGGCGGUGUGUGUUAGCCAGUCGGACAUUAAGGACUCCAUACAAGAAGAAGCCACUGUGGUCAGCUCCUUGUACAUCAGUUUUAAGAGCCUUUCCGAAUCCAGAUGAAACAAGCGGCACAGCGCUCUCUCUGGCUGAUAGAGCUUGAUGUAUACAGUUGA